UCCAGACCUCCGACAGCAACGUGAAAAUGGAGAGGAGGAGAUUCUUACUGACCAGGAGAGACCCUCAGGUGUGGACCAGAAUGAACCACAGCAACCACGGAUUAAAGAAGAACAGGAGGAACUCUGCACCAGUCAGAACCCCCAACCUCCACAGAUAAAAGAGGAGGAGGAAGAAGUUAGCACCAGUCCAGAGGACCCAGAAUCUUCACAGAUUAAAGAAGAAGGGAAGGAACCCUGCACCAGUCAGGACGGAGAGCAGGUCAUGCUGAAGGAGGAGACUGAUACCUUUACGGUGACUCCUAUUCACGAGGAAGAUGGCUGCAGUGAAGCAGGACCAAACAAUGUUCUGCUCUCCCCUCUGAGCCCUCCUGACGCUGAGAAUGGGAAGAAGUACUAUCGUAUUUACACAAUGAAAUAUCUUGAAAGAAUUCAGACAGUUGACAAAAGAUACUGUUGCAAAAUAUGUGGGAAAGGUUUCGCUCACAGGUGUAAUUUGGUGGACCACAUGAGAAUUCACACUGGUGAAAAGCCAUACACAUGUGAAACAUGCGGGAAAAGUUUCAACAGAGUUGGUAAUUUUAAUGCCCACAUGAGAAACCACACGGGUAAGAAGCCCUAUGCUUGUGAAACGUGUGGGAAAGGUUUUAAUCAUCGAUGCAAUUUGGUGGACCACGUGAGAAUUCACACAGGUGAGAAACCAUACACAUGUGAAACAUGCGGGAAAAGUUUCAAUCGAGUUGGUAAUUUUAAUGCCCACAUGAGAACUCAUGCAAGUAAGAAGAUGUUUUCUUGUGAAACCUGCGGGAAAGGUUUCAAUAGAAGGGGCCACUUUAAUGCCCACUUGAAAACGCACACAGGUGAGAAACCUUAUCCCUGUUACACGUGUGGGAAAACAUUUAUAAAUGCAUCAAGGCUAAAAUUUCACAUGAUAAUUCACACCGGUAAGAAACCCUAUUCUUGUGAAACAUGUGGGAAGCGUUUCAUUCGAAAAGUGCACUUAACCACCCACGUGAGAAUUCACACAGGUGAGAAACCUUAUCCCUGCGAGGUAUGUGAGAAAAGAUUUAUUGACGCGUCAACGUUGAAGUGUCACAUGAGAACUCACACAGGUGAAAAACCGUAUGUUUGUAACAUCUGUGGGAAAGCAUUUUCUGUCUUAUCGACCUUUAAAAGUCACACCUCGGUUCAUACAGGUGAGAAACCGUAUUCCUGUGAAAUAUGUGGGAAAACAUUCAGUCGCAGUGGUCACUUGACUGUACACGUAAGAACUCACACGGGUGAGAAGCCAUACUCGUGUAAAACAUGUGACAAAACUUUCAGUCAAAGGCAUCAUUUGACUUCCCACAUGAGAUCUCACACAGGUGAGAAGCGGUAUUCUUGCCAAAUGUGUGAGAAAAGCUUUGUUCAAAGCAGUCAUUUGUGGCGCCACAUGCGAACUCACACAGGCGAGACAUCGUCAUCCUGAAACAUCUCUGUGGGAUUAUCUUCAAGUGACGCUUAGGAAAAUAAUAGAGGUUAACAGAGGAACUUUCAGAGCUCUGUAGUUUAUUGCAUGUGACAAAGUACUCGAUGGAUCAAAUGAAUCAUGAUUCGAUCUUUCAGAGACAGUGAGGCUGUCAGAUUUGUCCGGUCUGUAAGUUUUGAUUUUUACAGAAACACGUUGCAUAUUUUGAAAAAUGCUGCCUUUCGUCUCCUCUUUUGUUCACUUUUGUGCUGUUUUCAUGCUGUAAACAUGAGAAAAAGAAGUUAAUGUUACAACAUGUUAAGGCUUUUACUUUUUCUUAUCUCUCUUCUUUUUCUCAUCACCCCCCCAUGGCAUGGUC